AUGCUAGCGGAUUUUCGCAUGCAAGUUUUCAGUCGAGAUGUCCACAAAACGCUAAAUCGGACAACGAAGUUCUGGUCGUCAGAGGAUGUGGCUGUGGACGACGACCUCUUAAGCACUCAGCGCAUCAAGGACAUGAGUAAUCUGGUCCUCAUAUGCCUUAUUCCCUUUGUGUUCAGUCAGCUUUACACACAACCAAUAGUCUACUACCAAUAUCCUUACACUGCAGCAUCGUCAGACCAACAACAGUACGUCUAUUCCCCAUCGAACCUAGUCUACCAACAUGUACCGUAUCAGCCGACGCUAGGUCAAACCGGCUACGGUCUACAGGGUCUACAGACACAAUAUCUGCAACAACCGUACCUGCCAUUACAGUACUCCACUUAUCAAAGAGGUUUGGGUGGUAUAGGUGGGUUGGGUGGACUAGGACAAUUGGGGCCGUUGGAGCAACUUGGACAAGCUCAUCAUCAAAAUAUCUUGGCAAAAGAACUAGCCGCUGGAUAUUUGAAUGAAUUCCGUGAUUCCAGUGGAGCUCUACAUCGUUCUGGUGCAGGUGAUAACGAACCAUUAUCAAUCGUGGAACAUGCUAGCUAUAUGAGCCUUAUCAACGAUAAGGAUAAUUUUCAGGUGAACUCAAAGUUCUACAAACUGUCAAAAACAGUCGGAAUAUUUUUAGCCAAUCUAGUAGAAUCUCUUCAAAUUGAGUCAGCCCCUUAUCGGUAUGGUGAUGCUGGAAGUAUGAUGGGUUAUGGAUCAUAUGGUUCUAUGGGAGGAAUGGGUGGUAUGGGUGGUAUGGGAUCCCCAUAUGGAAUGAGUUCUCCAUAUGGUAUGUAUGGAAUGGGAAUGUCACCCUAUGGAAUGGGAAUGCCGGGCAUGGGAAUGGGUGGAAUGAGUGGAAUGGGAGGAUUAGGAGGAUACGGCUCACCGUACUCACCUGGUGGUCUCUAUGGCGGUGGUGGUCUUGGUGGCCUUGGCUCAGGUUUAGGAAUGGGCCUUGGGACCAGUUCAUACUUCAAAAAGUGA